GUCCCUGAGCAGCCUACCAGCUCUGACAUGGCUCAGAUGACCAGUGGCCUCUAUCCUAUGUUUGGCUUCUUCAUCUGCCUCCUCUUCCUUCCGGCUUCUUGGGAGGCAGGUGCUAACACAUUUCAAGAACUUCAAAAGACUGGCGAACCUUCAAUAUUCGAUCAUUUACUCCCUCUUACUCCAGGUCUUACUCGCAGAGCUCUUUCUGACCACAAAAACUCAGGGCAGCAUCCUCCAGAUCUCCCCAAGUCUACAGCAACCCAGAAGCCUAAAAGACAGUGCAAUACGGUCCGCCUUGUCAAACCAGUGCACAAACCUAUAGACGACGCCAAAGCCGCAGACUACGGAAACACCACUGUUGGUCAUGAACCAUUUCCCGCUUCAGAGAAGAACCUCAGCAGCCAAGGAAAACAUCCGAUGGCCCGGAACGAACGCUCAGCUGAUGACCAUGGAUCCACUAACUCAGAGAAGAGAUCAGAUGGAGGACAUUCGACCUCAGCACCCAUGAGAAAAAUAUCCUGUAAGCCUGUAACGAGGACAUCAGGUACACCAGUGAGUUCCACGGAGACCAGCACCAAAUUAAGGACAACCUCACAGAAGCCCGAAACUUCUUCCCAUGACUCAGAUCUCAUUAGAAAAAGCACUUCUUUGCCAGUGAAGUCCACGGAAGUCUCAAGGACCUCAUACAGGACUCCAAGAUCACUAGGAGCUGAACGCCACACAAUUCCAUUUACCUCAGACAAGUCUAUCCAGUUGACUAUAGAACACACCAAAGAGGCCACAAGAUCCCAGUCAACGCCCACUAAAUAUGAAAGAGAGACCAGGUCAGCUAGUGAGCGUAUCUCGAGAGCCCACGUGCCUCCUGUAGAAAACCAUACCCCAUCAGCUGGUGAAACUACGACACAGGUCUCAGCAAAGUCCACAAAACACACAGAAGAGGCCACCACAUCAACCACCGAGAAAGCCACAAAAGCCCCAGAGAGACCCACAGUAAACUUGAACACCACAGGAUUGGUCAAGGCCAUGGAAAACACGUCUACUGCUCCCUCUCCUCACCUCCAUAAAACCGAGACCGCACACCAAGGGAUCACUGGCUCUUUGACAUCCAGAAUGGACCUGAGACCCAUCACGUCAGAAGCUCACCACCUCCAGCAGAACACCCACAGCUUACCUGGAGGCCUCCACUCUGUUCAAGAGAGGGAGGGAAGUAAUUCUUUCCCUGCGUGGGCUAUAGUUGUUGUGAUCCUCAUGGCUGUGAUUAUUCUGCUGAUUUUCCUUGGUCUGAUCUUUUUGGUCUCCUGUGCAUCACGAGCACGACACCAACUGACGCAGAACUCAGAGGAUGCAGAGCCCGAGGACAAAGGGGGCCGCAAUUCCUACCCAGUCUACCUGAUGGAGCAACAGAAUUUGAAUCUAAACCAGAUCUCUUCCCCACCAUGACCGCAAGACCAGCAUCCCUAGAUCUUCCAGGCUUUGCCCCUUUCCUGGAAGAUG